AUGGCUUUUAAAUUUAUCGCAUCCAUUCUGGUGCUGUCGGUUCUGUUCGAAUGGAAGGUGGAGGCUAACGGCCACGCGCAUUCCUUCCAACAUUUCCACGGACCCGUGGUAGGCCAUGCUCGCGAGGUGACUUGGGAUGACAAGCACGGCCAUCAUGAUCACGACUACGUGGCACAUCCGCACUACGAGUUCUCUUAUGGCGUGGAAGAUCACCACACCGGGGACUAUCACGGGCAAAAGGAGCACAGAGACGGUAAAGAAGUGGUCGGUGAAUACACGAUAAAAGAGCCCGGUGGUAACGUUAGAACGGUGAAAUAUCGCGCAGGGAAGGACGGAUUUUUCGCUCACGUUCUCAACAGCGAUGGCAACGACCACAGCGGAGGACAUCACCAUUAA